AUGCCUAAGACCCAUGACGGAGGCGGGAGGGAUGCCUCGGACACGGAAUGGCUGUUUGAUUUUCUCCUCAGCGUCUUCAAAUCGCCGUCGUGGGACCUAGCAGUGAUGGGUUUCAUUGAUGAGAAUUGCGCUGUCUUUGACACAGAGGAGGAGAACAAACUGUCGUACACAACGCUUCACCGCCAAUUCAAGGACUUGGUCGAGACGCUGUGCGCGAACAGCCUCGCUGAGGUAGGCGUCGCAGUGGGAGACUUUGUCGAUGCUCUUGAAGCCUCAAGAUUCAGCCAGGACAUCAGCACGGCUGUGUACCAACAGCUCUUGGCGCUAGACGAUUUCGUUACCUUCAAGAAGCUCAUGGUAAAACGAAACGUGGAGUUGGAGCUUGAAGCUGUGCAUGCGCUACAGAAACAGGGGGUGCCCAUUCAGCACGGCAUCGAAGACAGCGGCGUUUCUGGCGAUGAGGAGCUGGCCGGCAACGGCGAAGAAAAAUCGAUGUCGGCAUCGAACGGCGAGUCUAAGCGGGACAAGGCGGCCGCCAGGCCCGGGCGUGGAAGAAGUGCGCUGGAUAGGCAACUGCGCAAGGCAAUGGAUGCCAACCUACAAGAGCUUGAACUCAUGCACAAAAGGGAAGAGGUCGAGCAAGCUGAGCUCGAGCAAGCCAUCGCCAUGUCACUCGCGCUGGAGGCGAAGAGGAGCGAACAGGCCACCCUCCAAGAGUGCCUCGACGGCGUCGGCGAUGUCAGCGGGCCACGGUUCGGGUCGGUCCCCACGGGCUCGCAGACCGGAAAAUCGCUUCAGGCUGGCUGCAAGGGCGGGGACGACCCCGAUGGCGACGGCGACCGGGCGGGCGGCGGUGGGGUUUCCAGGCGGCGCCAGAGCAAAGAGCGGGACGCUGCGAGAGAGUUGGCUGACGUAGCUGACGACGCACCGGCCGAGGCCAAGCGCGACUUCAUCGGAGAAGGGGGAGGAGCGGAGGAGAAACAUCGAUCGUCGUCGUCGUCCUCGUUGUCGUGUUUGGGCGGCCUGAAGAAAGGGACCGGCGCCAAGGCCCUGCCCCCUUUGUCGAAGACCCCGGUAGUAGGAGAAAUCGUGGCGCCUUUCAGGGGAGGGAGCGGUGAGGGUGUGGAGGGAUGCAGCAUCAGCAGCAGCACUGCGACCAUGAUCCGAGAUCCCGAUGUAGAGUCCGCUGAGCGCAGGCGCGAGGCCCGGGCAGCAUCGGAGAAGGCCAGGAAAUUUCUGGAGGAGCGCCGGCAGGCGCAGAAGGCCUUAAAGGCGCAGUCGGAGGUCAGCGAGGAGGACAGCGCUCAGCGGGAGCGCCACCUGAAGAACAUGCGCGAUCGCAUCGUCAGCGCCAAGCGGGCAGGGCGCGAAGAGGAGGCCUCCAAGGCCGCCUCCGACUCAGCCGCAGCCGCGGAACGGGGGGAGCGAGCGGCUCUGCCCCGCACCGGUGGGAUUUCUACCUCUUCGUCGCCCGCUUCUGGUGCCGCUGCUCAAGGUUCUGGGCGUCGCGCCGACGGCGGCGGCGACGCGGCGAUCAUUGUGAACGGGGAGGGAGUAGAGGAGGACUUCGCCGACGAACAGAGGCGCAUGAUGCGGGUGGCCCUCGCCCGGCACAUGAAGCGAGAGCUCCUCGAGAGCGAGCAGGAACGCCUCACCAAGGUCCAGGCGGACCAACUCGCCGACCUCAACGGCAAGCUGCGCCUAGUAGAGAAGCUAAGGAACGAGAACUCGGAGAGGGAGGCGGAGAUUGCAGCAGCCCUUCGGCAGCAGCAGCGCCAGCGCGCGCGGAACGUGGCAACGUCGGCGGCUACAGCCCGAGGAGGCGACGAAGAGUUCACGUUCGGUGAAACAAGUUAA